AUGCCAACUGAACUAGAAGAGUUGGUGGAGUUUUUGCAUUCUCCGCAACCUGCGGUGGUUCAAAUAGCACUUGACAAUUUAGUAGGCUAUUCCCAAGGACCACAACAAAAGGUUUUCGCAUAUAAUAACUAUGAAGCCAUCAAGGACUUGAAGAAGUUGUCGCGUGACACAGGUAAAACGUCAGUCAGUCAGUCCGUCACUAUCCUUGCAAAUUUGUGUGAUGACUCUACGGUACGUGAACUCAUCAUAAAAGACAAGGACUACUUGAGUUUUUUGGUGUCAGCUAUAAUCAGGCCUACAAACAUCAACGCCGAUUUGAUGUCUAUUUUACUCGCAAAUUUGGCUAAAAAUGAUCUGAUUACAUCGAUCUUCGAGAUUGAAGUCAAGCAUACUGAUGAGGAGAACAAGUUUUUCAAACUGACAAAGGCAAUGGACUGUCUUAUGGACUGUUUUGUUAAGGGAUUCGACAGGAGUUUGAACAAAUACGCCAACUACGAUUACUUGGCGUACUUUUUUUCGGAUAUUUCUCGCUUAAAAAUGGGCCGUGCCUAUUUCAUCACAGAGCAGUCUUAUGAUGAGGUAGUCCCCAUCUCUAAGCUCUUGGUUUUCACUGAGAAAUAUGACUCUAAAAUUCGUCGCGAAGGUGUUGCUUCGACAAUCAAGAACUCUUUAUUCGAUAUCGAUUCACAUGGAACAUUGAUUACUGAUGAAGGUAUUAAUUUGCUACCAUAUAUUCUUUUGCCCCUUGCUGGGCCAGAAGAAUUAGAUGAGGACGACAUGUUUAACUUGCCCGAUGAGUUGCAAUUAUUGCCCUCUGAUAAAACGAGAGAACCAGUCGAAACAAUUUUAAAUACUCACUUGGAGUCACUCUUGUUGUUAAGUACAUCAAAAGAAAUAAGGGAAUACUUGCGAGCAAAGUCGGUCUAUGCCUUGAUCCGCGAACUACACAAGGUCUCUGACUCGGAGGAUGUGACUGCCUUGUGUGACAGAUUAGUGCAGUUAUUGAUGAGAGACGAAGAAGUGACAAGAGAAAACGUGGAUGAAAGUGAUGAAGAUGAAGAUCAAAUUGUCGAAAUUUUAUAG